AUGGCCGUGAAUGAGCUAAUCAAGGCAGAUGGCACUCUUCAGAGGCCGCAAACAACGAUCAUCAACUUGUCUGCUGGGAAGGGGAUUCAAUACAAACACAUGAUUGGCAGCGAAGUUGAGAAGGAUGGUAAAAGCUACUGGGGACAACCUCCUGCUGAGCCUGUGCCAGCAAAAGUCGUGUCGUGUCUCGCUGGCAUAAACGAGACCUGGUGCAACAUCUUCGGCAAGGCUCUGCUUAGUCCAUGCCUCGCACGUGUGAGCCUGAACUUCACGCAACGUACAUACAUCUUUUCCAACAAGAGGGCGCGCGAUCUUCUAGGAUGGCAGCCUGAGGACGACGACAUCAAGGAUACCAUGCGAAAAUACCUCUGCCGGGAUCCAUCCCGCCAGAAGAAGGUCUGA